CCCCGCCUUCCGGCUCCGGCGGCGACGCUCGCGCCUCGCGGCCGCCGUGCCACCAGUGUCAGUCUCCCUUAGGAGACUCCAUUUGCUUUCAGGGCAGUCUGGCCGCCGCGCAGGCAGGCGGAGAACGAUGCCCUCCGCACACGGACGACCGUCCCCUGCGCCAAGCGGCCGCUCACUCGCCGGCUGUCUGCGGCGGUGACACCCGGUCGCUGAGUCCACGGAGGAAUCCGGGCUCCCUCCGCGUGAGCCAAGACGUCCCGCGCUCCGGAGCUCGCCCUGCGGGGAGAGGCCCUCGCUAACGCGGCUUCUCUUUGACCUCUUAAUAUCAGGAGGUUUCGGAGGCUCCGAGAAUCUAAACAGCCCCCCCACAAGAACCACUUCUAUUGGCACAUCGAGGAUCAUCUUUCAUCAGGAUUAUUGUAGCAUCUUCGCUGAACCUUGCACCCCAUACCCUCUACCAUGAGUUCUGACUUCCGCCAAUGAAGUUUUUGAUGUUUUAUGUGACACCAUCUCUUGGUCACUUUUUUCCUUUCCAGUUGCAAAAUACAUUAGGUAUAAGUUUGUGUCAUGUUAGAGUACAGUUUUCUGCCUGUCCACUUUCACCGUUUUUGCACGACUCACUUCUGCCCAGCUUGCCUUACCAUACUUGCCUAUGAUUUCCAUAACCAGCAGAUAAUCUAUAGCAGCCCUUGCCUGUAAGAGGCAGCUGCACUACAGUGCACUGCCUGACAGACACCAUUAUAUUUUCCUGUAUGUCACGUUUGCAACUGUCCUAAAACUAUUCCCUAGAACGUUUCCCAAACUACUCCCACGAGUCUUAGUUAGAAAAGAACCUCACCUUUAAUGACGGCCAGAAGAAUUGAGUAGGCAAUAGGACUGUUUUAGAGAACUUGCUGGUACAAUAUAAGUUGCAAUCUCUAUUGCAGCUCAUGAAAAGACCUUCAACUAAGAGAAUAGGAAGAAAGAUAGAAAAUAGGGUUGACUGGAACUAGUCCUCAUUGAAGGGAAUACAUAAUUUUUAAAACAGCAAAGUGAAGAGAGUCAGCCUGGCCAGCACACUGUACAUCCUAGGAGGACAAGGGAGAGGUCUUAAAACCCCAUUUUCUAGUUUCAUUGUGUUCAAAUCUAAGUUGUUAAGUACCUUGUUCUAGUAAUUGCCUAAAAUAUUAGACACUUAAAAUGUUGGGGAAACGUAAGCGUGUGGUGUUGACAAUUAAGGACAAGCUUGACAUUAUUAAGAAACUUGAGGAAGGCAUCUCUUUCAAAAAACUUUCUGUGGUGUAUGGAAUUGGUGAAUCCACAGUUCGUGAUAUUAAAAAGAACAAAGAAAGGAUAAUAAACUAUGCAAAUGGUUCAGAUCCUACAAGUGGGGUAUCCAAACGUAAAUCUAUGAAGUCAUCAACAUAUGAGGAACUUGAUAGAGUAAUGAUAGAGUGGUUUAACCAACAGAAAACAGAUGGGAUUCCGGUGUCUGGAACAAUCUGUGCAAAACAAGCAAAGUUCUUUUUUGAUGCUCUGGGGAUGGAAGGUGAUUUUAAUGCAUCAUCUGGCUGGCUAACUCGAUUUAAGCAGCGCCAUGGUAUUCCAAAGGCUGCCGGUAAAGGAACAAAAUUAAAAGGAGAUGAAACUGCUGCUAGUGAAUUUUGUGGUAACUUUCAGGAAUUUGUUGAGAGAGAGAAUCUACAACCGGAGCAAAUUUAUGGUGCUGAUCAAACUGGAUUGUUCUGGAAAUGUUUACCUUCAAGGACAUUGGCUCUUGAAACUGAGCAAAGUACUUCUGGUUAUAGGUCAAGCAGAGAGAGAAUCAUUAUUAUGUGCUGUGCAAAUGCCACAGGUUUACACAAACUUAAUCUCUGUGUUGUGGGAAAAGCAAAAAAACCCCGUGCAUUCAAAGGAGCUGACCUUUCAAACCUUCCUGUCGCUUAUUUCAGUCAAAAAAGUGCAUGGAUGGAAUAUUCUGUUUUCAGACAGUGGUUUGAAAAAUAUUUUGUGCCACAGGUACAGAAGCAUUUGAAAUCCAAGGGGCUUCUAGAAAAAGCAGUGCUUCUUUUGGAUUUCCCCCCAGCACAUCCAAAUGAAGAAUUGUUGAGUUCAGAUGAUGGCAGAAUAAUUGUGAAACAUUUGCCACCAAAUGUCACAAGUCUAAUUCAGCCGAUGAGCCAGGGGGUUCUAGCCACAGUAAAAAGAUACUACCGAACAGGACUUCUCCAGAAAUACAUGGGUGAAGGAAUUGACCCAAAAAUGUUUUGGAAGAACUUGACAGUAUUAGAUGCAAUUUAUGAAGUAUCAAGAGCUUGGAACAUGGUAAAAUCAAGUACCAUAACCAAAGCAUGGAAAAAACUUUUCCCUGGCAAUGAAGAGAAUUCUGGCACGAACAUUGAUGAAGGAGCCAUGUUAGCAGCUAACUUAGCAACUGUUUUACAGAAUACAGAAGACUGUGAACACGUUGACAUUGAGAAUCUUGAUCAGUGGUUUGACUCUCGGAGUAAUGACUCAAGCUGUCGGGUGCUAACUGACAGUGAAGGCGCUGAGGACCAGGCCAAGCCUUCUGAGCAAAAGCCUUCUAAAAAGACUAGAAAAGCAGAACUGAAUCCAGAGAAAUAUAUUAGCCAUAAAGCUGCUCUUGAAUGGACUGAAAAUUUGCUGGAUUAUCUAGAACAACAAGAUGACAUGCUUCUGUCUGAUAAACUGGUAUUACGGAGACUUCGAACAAUAAUAAGAAGAAAACAGAAGAUUCAGAAUAACAAGAGUCCUUAAUGAUGCUUCUAAAGGUUUCAGUGUAUUUGCAUCUUUGAGACUUUAUCUGCAGUUGAAGUUCAUGAUCUUAUUUGAAGUGCUGUGGAUUUCAAGACCAAAUACAUUUUAUAAAUGAUUUUAAGAUUAGAUGCCAUUUUGGAUUACUUAAAUUACUGCUCUUUAAUGUUAAGUGAGCAUUGAUAUAUAACUUGUCUGUCUACCGUUUCUAAUCUGUAUUAUACUAAUUAGAUCAUAAGGUACCUGAGGCCAGGGAACUUGUGUCUCUUUUGUGCCUGAAUUUCAAUGUCUAAUAGGGACCAUGCACACUCUGGGCAAUCAAUAAAUCUUACUGAAACUGAAUAUUUAUGACUUUCUCUGAACUUUGGUUUCCAAACUGAAAUAUGUUGGGGUAAGUUUCCAUUUCCACAGUUUUUCCACCUGCUGAAAAUCUUAGAACUCAGAUGAUUAUGCUUGAAGUAUUUCACUGGAAACAGAGAAGUGAAGGAAAAGAGUCUCAAGCCUUAAAUAUGGCAUUCUAUACUAACAGUAUUUGGGCAGUCAGCAGUUCAGAUUGGACAUCUCUGAGUAUAAUGAAGGAAAAAGAAGUAAGGAUAAAUGUCCCCAGGGAAAGGGCUUGCGCUUCAUUUUUAUUCCACUUGACAAUAUGGAGAGUUCCUUCAUAGUUGUGAAAAGAAGGUCAUCCCUGUUGCAGAAAAAUAGAUUUCAGUUCCCCAAACCAGUGUGAUUAGAAGAGGUAAGGGUUAAAUUUUAUUGGCUAUCGUUUUGAUCCUUUAUUAGUAUAGAUAUGUUAAUAGCUUUUAAUAAGCUAUCUGAUAUUUAUGUAACACUUCAAAGCUUACAAAGUAUGUCAUUUGCUUUCUUACAGCAUAUUUUUCUGUGAGAAUACUGGAUAUACACAUACAUAUAAUUUGUGGAACCAUCACAUGAACAAUAGACUGACAAAACAGGAGAAAGGCACAAUGGAUGGGCAAGGGCUGCUGUGUGACUGUGGGCAAGCUAUUUAAUCCAUCUGUAAAGUAGGACUCAUACCUGCCUCAGUUUUUGAGAGGAGUUAAUAUGUGGAUUUUAAAUAAUAUGGGUUUAGAACAGGACCUGGUUUAGAAUAGUCCUCUUUGGGUGGUAGCUCCUAUAACUAAGGACAGGAAUUAAUGAGUUUCAGAAGUAUGCAGAAUAAAUCUGGUGUGUGACUCAACCCUGAUGUUGCUGUGUUGGUAAAACCCUUUAGAGGUGAAAUGAAAUGAAAGAUAUGGGUAACUAGUUUCAGCUGAAAUACAAUAAUGUAUUUCAAUGAAAACUGAAAGGUUAAUCCAGCUUAGAAAUCAUUUCCUAACCAUCUACUGCUAGGCACAGUGAGACAUUUAGGAAUGUUUAAGACAUUUUAGGUUGAAUUAUAAAAGGAAAUGGGAAUGGAAUUAAUACUUUCUUUGCUUUGUACCUGCUACUAAAAUAAAUAAAUGUUGGGUUUGUUCAUAGAAUCUACGUUACCAAUAUUGGCAUAAUUCAUUAAAGUAAUCAAAUACCUUUAAAGUAGGUAACAGUAAGCAGGACACUUGAGAUGUUUUCAAACUAAACACAGGACCAGUAGAAAAUCAGAGCAAAAGAAAUGCCACAGGAGACCUUGGUUAUAGUAAUUAGGCCCAGAUUUAUAUAAAGGGAGUCUAGUUGUGAUUGACUGAAGAUUUCAGAGGCCCUAUCUCACAAUUCUUCAGGCUUUCCUUAGAGCUUAGGAUUCUGCCUUUUGAGCUGAAGCUUUGGGUUCUAGUGAGUCCCUUUCCAGAAAACCUCUUAAGAAUCUACUUUCUUAAGGAGAAUUCAUUCAGUAUUAUUAGCAUGCCUUCCUCAGUUUACACAAUUAUUUCACUUGCCAGGU